AUGUCUCGCAUGGUGAUUGCAAUUUUCCUGUUUUUCAUGGCGUAUCAGCUCUUCACGCAACUGAUGGCUACUACUCGAUCAAUAGGUCAAGCUUUAUACUCCGUUGUUUAUGUUACUGUUCCAAAUUCAACCGUUGCACAACAAAUUGCUAGAGAAGUUGUGAAGAGUAAAUAUGCCGCUUGUGUUAAUAUCGUGCCAACCAUCACUUCAAUAUAUGAAUGGGAGGGCACGGUAGAAGAAGAUAAAGAAUCAUUACUUGUCAUGAAAACAAAAUCAACAGCGCUGGAUGCCUUAAAAACGAAAGUACUCAGCAUGCACCCGUACAAAGUACCUGAAUUUAUUGCUUUACCGAUAGAAAGCGGCAGCGAAAAUUAUUUGAAGUGGAUCGAUAAGCAAGUCAUUUCAUGA